UCACAGUGAGGUACAAAUAUGGCAGCUUCCAGAACAGGCUUCUAUGGCUGUACAUUUAUCAUUUUUAGUAAGACAGCGCGCAGUAACGUUCAUCGACGAUUGUUGUCAACAUCAACCACACUUCUUAGUUUGGACAGUGGAGAUGGACAGCCACCGAAAUUCAUGCCUCCACCGAAACCCGUUAUUGUGGACAAGACACAAACAGAGAGAACCCAGAGAAGGUUCCUGAGUCCCGAGUUCAUUCCACCCAGACAGAGAACCAACCCAAUCAAAUUCAUUAUCGAGAGAAAGGAUAUGAUUCAGAGGCGAAAAGUUCUGAAUAUUCCUGAGUUUUAUGCGGGAAGCAUUCUUGCUGUAAACGUGGCAGACCCCCAUGCCAAUGGAAAAAUAAACCGUUUUGUGGGUAUAUGCACCCAGAUAUCCGGCAAAGGACUUGGAGCGACUUUUGUCCUGAGAAACGUUAUUGACGGGCAAGGGGUUGAGAUUUGUUAUGAACUCUACAACCCUUGAAUCCACCAGAUUGAGGUGCUGAAGUUAGAGAAGAGACUAGAUGAUAACCUGAUGUAUCUACGUGAUGCUUUACCAGAAUAUUGCACAAUCGACUUUAACAUGAAGCCAGUGCCUCACCCUGCAAAUGGAGAGGUUCCUGUCAACCAAAUUAAAGUGAAAAUGAAGCCUAAGCCCUGGUCGAAGCGUUGGGAGCAUCCGAAGUUUAAGAUCCAGGGAAUUCGUUUUGAACUAAGCCUAUCAGAAGAAAAAAUGAAAGAAGCCAAAAAAUGGGAUCAACCCUGGCUGGAGUUUGACAUGCUAAAGGAGUAUGAUACAUCAAAGAUAGAGAAACAAAUCUGGGAGGAAGUACAGAGAGAAAUGAGUUCUAAAUGAAGUUUAAUGAUAGACCAUUAUACGAUGGCAUCUGGACAUGUUUAGUACUGACUCUAGGGAACUGCAUACAACAGUAAGGCUUAAAUAGUUCAGGCGAUUGUGGUCUGCUCUUAAAAUGUUCUUUUUGUAUUGUAUAACUUUUACAGAUUUAGUUUUUACCUGUGUGUCAGCUAUUAAUCUUACUGUGUCCAAAUUGGGUGUGGUUAGAAAAAAAUAAUAAAAAUGCACCACACAUGUUGUCAAGAGAGCACUGUCUUUCAUAAGCAACAUGUCACAGGGGCUAUAUAGGACUAUAACGAUCAGUCUAAAGACUAAACAAAUUUCCAGUCAGUUAUGCAUAUCAUGAUAAUACAGGCUGCUGGAUAUAAAAUGUGUUGUGGAUCAAGGUUAGGGGAUCAUAAGUUAACAAGGAAAAUGACAUGUUCCCGAGUUUG